AGCAUUGUAAUUUUGUUCGUAAUCUAAUCUCGAAUCAGAGUGCCACAGAGUGAGUUGAGUUCCAGCAGAGUCCCCAAUCCUCAUGUCGUUGCUGCUACUGCCUCAACCUUCCACUACCCUCUCUCCGGUCACCGUCUCCGCCUUGGCCGCACGGAUACCGUUCGCCACCGUCACGCCUCCGCGGCAGAGAACGUUCACUGCGAAAGCCACACUUUCAAUCUCUCUCCUUGACACAGCACCAAAUGCAAUCCCUCCGAAGAAGGUUCUGGUUCCCAUCGGUUUGGGCACCGAAGAAAUGGAAGCCGUUAUCAUGAUUCACGUGCUGCGACGCGCCGGUGCUAAUGUCACUGUCGCCUCCGUGGAGCCGCAGCUCCAAGUAGAAGCUGCCGGAGGCACCAAACUAGUGGCCGACACCGACAUUUCCACGUGUUCCGAUGAAAUUUUUGACCUCGUUGCUUUACCCGGAGGAAUGCCUGGCUCUGCAAGACUACGGGAUUGCGAAGUUCUGCGAAAAAUCACAAGCAAACAAGCUGACGAAAACAGGCUCUACGGAGCUAUUUGUGCAGCUCCCGCUGUCACGCUUUUGCCAUGGGGCCUUUUGAAGAGAAAAAAGAUAACUUGCCACCCUGCCUUCUUCGACAGCCUUCCAACCUUUUGGGCCGUUAAAUCAAAUCUUCAGGUUUCCAAAGGACUCACAACCAGCCCGGGCCCUGGAACUACUUACCAGUUUGCUUUGUCCUUGGCCGAGCAGCUAUUUGGGGAGUCUGUUGCUAGGGAGGUUGCAGAAUUGUUGUUGAUGAGAACGGAUGAUGAUAAUGGAACUAAGAAGGAGUUCAAUAAAGUGGAAUGGUCUAUUGCCCAUCACGCCCCUAGUGUCCUCAUACCAAUUGCACAUGGUUCUGAAGAGAUUGAAGUAGUGACUGUGGUAGAUAUUCUCAGGCGCGCAAAAGCUAACGUCAUAGUUGCUUCAGUUGAGAAAUCUCUUGAAAUUUUGGCUUCACAAGGAACAAAAAUUGUUGCUGAUAUAUUAAUUAAGGAUGCUCAAGAGUCAGCACAUGAUUUGAUUAUUCUUCCAGGAGGAACUGCUGGUGCACAAAGACUAAGCAAAUCUAGAAUUCUGAAGAAACUUCUUAAAGAACAAAGUUCAGCUGGAAGAAUAUAUGGGGCGAUCUGUUCUUCACUUGCCAUUCUACAUAAACAAGGUUUACUUAAGGACAAGAGGGCCACAGCCCAUCCCUCUGUCUUAGACAAGGUUAAUGAAGAAGCAAUAAAUGGGGCCAAAGUAGUAAUUGAUGGAAAUUUGAUCACUAGUGAGGGACUUGCCACUGUAACAGAUUUUGCAUUGGCCAUUGUGAGCAAGCUAUUUGGUAAUGGAAGAGCUAAAAGCGUAGCAAAAGGCCUUGUUUUUGAGUAUCCUGGGUAGAGUGCAUGAUGGUUUAAAGUAUGUGUAGGUAGAAGAAGAAUUAUAAGUAGUCUUAGGAGAUGGGGGGUUUAUCAUUUUCGAAGCCUAUGCCUGGCCAACGUCUCCAUAUUAUAUUUAUAAAUGCUUGUUCCCUAUCGUUUCACAAACAAGGAUAAGUUGCACUUUCUGUGGCCAAAAGUAUUUGAUCCACUAUUACAGAGUCUUGUGCAAUUCCCCAUCUUGUUGCAAAAUCCACAAGGUACAACCAUGCUUGAC